UGUGUUUGUGUGUGAGGAUGUGUGCAUGUAGGGUUUGAGUCCGGAUCUACCCGAUCUCCGCACACCCAGCGGAGUAUAAAGGUCCACAGGAACAGUUCGGGCGGUCUAUUCUUUGGGUAAACGCAAGGAAAAGUCAAGAUGAUGUUCGCUCUCCUUCUCGCCGCGCUGCCGGCGCUGGCUCUUGCUGAAGUGGACAGCACAUUCGUGUUCCAGUACCACCGCUACACCGCCCUCCGGAGUGCCAUGCUCGCCGUCAACAAUGACUGUCCGGACAUCACCCGUCUGUACAGUAUCGGGCAGAGCGUGCAGGGCCGUGAGCUGUGGGUCCUCGAGAUCACCGACAACCCCGGACAGCACGAGCUCGGCGAGCCUGAGUUCAAGUACGUGGGCAACAUGCACGGGAACGAGGUGCGCGGGCGUGAGUUGAUCCUGCUCCUGGCGCAGUACCUGUGUGGGGAGUACAAGGCCGGGAACAGCCGCAUCGUCAGUCUGGUCCAGAACACCCGCAUCCAUCUCAUGCCCACCAUGAACCCAGACGGAUUUGAAGUCGCCGCCAACCAGGGUCCCGACAAUAACGGCUGGACCACCGGUCGGGAGAACAUGCAGGGGAUCGAUCUGAACAGGAACUUCCCUCAGCUGAACAGCAUCGCGUACAGCGGAGAGUCAUCCGGCACCAACCAGGACCACAUCGCCAUCCCGUCCUCCUACUGGUCCGGCACGGUUGCCCCCGAGACAAGGGCGAUAAUCACCUGGCUCCAGUCUUAUCCCUUCGUUCUGUCCGCAAACAUGCACGACGGUGACUUGGUCGCAAACUAUCCAUACGACACCGCUAAGUCCGGAUCAUUCUGGGGCAGUAGCUACGCCUCUACCCCGGAUGACGCCCUGUGGCGCAGCCUGGCCACUACCUACGCGCAGGCGCACGGCACCAUGGCUACCGUCGGCGGCGGCUCCUGCGGGUUUGAGAACCAGGGCGGCAUCACGAACGGAGCUGACUGGUACAGUCUGUCGGGAGGAAUGCAGGACUUCAACUACCUGCACACCAACUGUUACGAGCUGACUCUGGAGCUGGGCUGUGACAAGUACCCACGUGAGUCCGAGCUCCGCAUGGAGUGGAACAACAACAAAGAGUCCCUCCUCGCCUACAUGGAAAAGGUCCACAUCGGAAUCAAGGGUGUGGUCAGAGACACCAACGGAAAUGGAGUUGCUGACGCCAAGAUCAAAGUUCAGGGUAACGCCCAUGGCGUCAAUUCUGCUGCCGAUGGUGACUACUGGCGCCUGCUGCUGCCGGGUACCUACAGCGUCACCGUCACCAAGGGCCAGGCCACGCAGACCAAGUCCUGCACCGUGACCAGCGGCGCCGCCACCACCUGUGACUUCACGCUGGAUGCCGCCGCCACCAGCUUGUCCGGCGGGACUGGAACCGGUACAGGAACCAGCACGGGGGGCACCAGCGAUCCCUUCUGGUGGCUCAACCAGGACUGGUUUUUCCCUGACCCCCUAAUUAACAUGUUUACGCCUCUGUCCGGAACUCCCCGAUCUCCGCACACCCAGCGGGGUAUAAAUAGGUCCAAGGGAACAGUUCAGCCUACACUUAGUGUACGGGAAACCGUAACAGAAGUUAGGAUGAUGUUCGCUCUUCUUCUCGCCGCGCUGCCGGCGCUGGCUCAUGCCGAAGUGGACAGCAGUUUUGUGUUCGAGUACCACCGUUACCCCGCCAUGCAGAGCGUGAUGAUCGCCGUCAACAAUGACUGUCCGGACAUCACCCGUCUGUACAGUAUCGGACAGAGCGUGCAGGGCCGUGAGCUGUGGGUCCUCGAGAUCACCGACAACCCCGGACAGCACGAGCUCGGCGAGCCUGAGUUCAAGUACGUGGGCAACAUGCACGGGAACGAGGUGCGUGGCCGUGAGUUGAUCCUGCUCCUGGCGCAGUACCUGUGUGGGGAGUACAAGGCCGGGAACAGCCGCAUCGUCAGUCUGGUCCAGAACACCCGCAUCCAUCUCAUGCCCACCAUGAACCCAGACGGAUUUGAAGUCGCCGCAAACCAGGGCCCCGACGAUAACGGCUGGACCACCGGUCGGGAGAACAUGCAGGGACUCGAUCUGAACAGGAACUUCCCUGCGCUGAACAGCAUCGCGUACAGCGGAGAGUCGUCCGGUACCAACCAGGACCACAUCGCCAUCCCGUCCUCCUACUGGUCCGGCACGGUUGCCCCCGAGACAAUGGCGAUAAUCACCUGGCUCCAGUCUUAUCCCUUCGUUCUGUCCGCAAACAUGCACGACGGUGACCUGGUCGCAAACUACCCGUACGACUUGUCCAAGAGGGGCAAUCAUGCCUACACGGCUACCCCGGACGACGCCCUGUGGAUCAGCCUGGCCAGUACUUACGCGCAGGCGCACAGUACCAUGGCUACCGUCGGCGGCGGCUCGUGCGGGUUCCAGGACCAGGGAGGCAUCACGAACGGAGCUGACUGGUACAGUGUGGAGGGAGGAAUGCAGGACUUCAACUACCUGCACACCAACUCCUACGAGCUGACUCUGGAGCUGGGCUGUGACAAAUAUCCACCUGAGUCCGAGCUCCCCAUGGAGUGGAACUACAACAAGGAGGCCCUCCUCGCAUACAUGGAACAGGUCCACAUCGGAAUCAAGGGUGUGGUCAGAGACACCAACGGAAAUGGCGUUCCUGACGCCAAGAUCAAGGUUCAGGGUAACAUCCAUGGCGUCAAUUCCGCUGCCGAUGGUGACUACUGGCGCCUGCUGCUGCCGGGUACCUACAGCGUCACCGUCACCAAGGGCCAGGCCACGCAGACCAAGUCCUGCACCGUGACCAGCGGCGCCGCCACCACCUGUGACUUCACGCUGGACGCCGCCGCUAUCAAUGUGUCCGCUGAUACAGCUGGAACCGCUACGGGACCCGGCAACAACGGGGGCAACAACAACCACCACCCCUUCAACAACCAUCACCCCUUCUUCAACCAGAACUGGUAA